UAUGGUUCUGAAUGGUAACAGGUUGUGAAGGUUCACGAAAUAUUCCAUUCUGCAUAUGCUUGUUGAACACUUACCACUCUCCCUUACCAACAGCACUGUUUGCCGCAGGUGCACUUGCUAAGGGUUCUGGCUUGUGGUAUGUCAUUGAAACGAAAUGGGUAGUUGGAAGAUGUUGUCAUCAUGGAAAGUAAUACCUUUAUGUCAGGGCGUAUAGAGAAAACAAUCAAUCGUUGGAAGCUGAGUAACUGUUGCAUGAAGUCAGAAAUCAAUCAAGCCUUGUGUCAUUUCACGGACCUGUUAUAUUGUGGCGUGAACUGAUAGUCACGUUCGUUGUCUUUCUGCUAUUGAUGCCGUCUAGUUUACCAAUGUUCUCCACAAGGAAUUAAACUGUAUAUAUUUUACCGUUUUGUUAAAAGCCAGUCUUGGAUGCGUGCAACUAUGUUCUAGAUGGAUAAGAAGACGACGAUCAAUGACGGGUACUCCGAGGCAGACCAACUCAGUGCCCUCUGUUUCAACCAUGCAGAGCAUUGUAGGCAACACGGACGCAGAGUCUUUGGAGUGAUAUUUUCCUUUAAUGAUAUGUUGUCAAACUAAUCAUUGUCACAACAUAGUGAUGUUGUAAUAUCUACAAGUGAAUGGGAGGUAACAAGAACGGGUUUUAAACUCAGCUUUCAAGACAAACGUGUGGACAUUAAUCUGAAGAAGUUAUAAAAUGAAAAGCUUUCUGACAACAAUGUUGCUUGUGGAGCUGAUGACAGGAUGUGGUCAAGUCACGGGGACAUGCAGUCGAGGGGUUAACACCCCCGGGCUCAUGGCUGGUAGUAGACUCGUGGGGUCAGUCUACCUCGUGCUUCAGACCCUCACCCUACAGGACUGUGUGACGUCAUGUUUGCAGCAGUCUCGCUGCGUCAGCUUGAACUUCAAGGCGGGACAAUGCGAGCUCAACUACGACAACUCGACAACGGCUCCUUCUGGAAUGGUGGCUGCCUCUGGCUGGAACCAUGCAAGCGCGUCACAUAUGCCAUCGAGACUUGUCGGUAUUUGUGCGUCCAGGCCUUGCGGUGUGGACGAAACAUGUAGAGACAGGGACGGGAGCUAUGAAUGUCAACGAGAGGAGUUAUGCUACACGGCAUCAGCGCUCUAUCUCGGAACCCUGAACAUUACCAAGACUGGCCGGACAUGUCAGAGGUGGGACACUGACAUCCCACACGAUCGUGUGUAUUUUCCCAGGGGGAUGUCACGCGGGGACCCUGCCCUAGUUGACGAGCGCAACUUCUGUCGGAUGCCGGGGCACACAAUCCCGUGGUGUUAUACGGUGGACCCCAGCGUUCGUUGGGAGGAAUGUAACGUCCCUUUCUGUUGAGUGAGUAGGGGAGUAGGGUUUUAUGUCGCUUUUAGCAAUAUUCCAGCAAUGGUACGACGGGAAACAUCAGAAGGGGGGUUCUGCCAUUUUACCCAUGUGUGGAAUCAA